AUGGCAACCUAUCCCCGCCCAGACUUCCAACGAAGCCCUCUAAACUGGUCCAGCCUCGACGGCCCCUGGACAUUCACAUUCGACGACGCAGACAGCGGCAAAACGGAGAAAUGGCAUAAAACAAGCAUAGCCAACAGCAGCGCCAAACGCGAAAUCAACGUCCCCUACGCAUUCCAAACUUCAGCCUCUGGAAUUAACCUCCUCGAAGCGCACGAGGUAAUGUGGUACGAGCGCAGCAUAACGGACAUCCGCAACGCAGACGACAAAGCAAAAGGAAACAGACUCAUCGUGCGCUUCGGCGCAGUCGAUUAUGAAUGCGAAGUAUGGAUUGAUGGAUCAUUCGUCGGUGGACAUCGGGGCGGACAUGUCCCCUUCGACGUGGAUGUUUCCGAUGCAUUCGAUGAGGGGAGGAGUGAAGCGCGUCUCACGCUGAGAGUUAGAGAUUCGCCGUUUGAUUUGACUCAGCCGCGUGGUAAGCAGUUCUGGAAGCCUGUUCCUGAGAGUAUCUUCUAUACUCCUUCUGGUGGGAUUUGGCUUUCUGUUUGGUUGGAGAGUGUUCCUGCUAUGAGGAUUGCGGGCGGGUCUGGUGGGACUGUUUUGCGGUCUGAUGAUGUUGAUGGUGGAGUGUUGCAUGCUCAGGUUGGUGUAUUGGGACGACGGGUUGGCUCUGAAUCUGCCGCCAAGGUUGAGGUUGAGGCGAGCCUUGGUGGAAUUUUUGUUGGCAAGACUGAGAGCGAGCUACCGCGGGAUCAGAAUAUCGCCAACUUGGAUCUCAGUAUGAAGGUGGACAAUGCGAACGCGUGGCAGAGACAGGAACCAUUCAAUGUAGACGGUGCCUGGCAUGAUGGUGUGGCACUUUGGGCUCCGGAACAUCCCAUCCUCUACGAUAUCAUACUGCGACUUUACAACACCACAGGCAAUCUAGUCGACGAAGUUUCAACAACGACAGGCAUGCGAAGCCUCUCCUGGCAAACAGGCGACGGAACAUUCCGCCUAAACGGCAAACCCUACUUCCAAAUGCUCUUCCUGGACCAAGGCUACUGGCCCGAAACAGGAAUGACGCCCCCAUCAUCCGAUGCACUAAAGACAGACAUCGAGCUUGCCAAGAAAAUCGGCUUUAACGGCUGUCGCAAGCAUCAGAAAGUCGAAGAUCCCCGAUUCUACUACUGGGCCGAUCGACUCGGGUUUGUAGUUUGGGGCGAGAUGGCGAACGCGUAUGAAUUCGGCGGAGAAUAUGCCGAGCGGUUUACGAGCGAGUGGAGCGAAGCCGUGAAGCGUGAUAUCAAUCAUCCGUCUAUUGUGACCUGGACGCCUGUGAAUGAAUCCUGGGCUGUUUCCGCGUUGAAGAGUAAUAUAGAGCAGCGAAAUCAUGUUCGCGCUUUGUAUUACCUGACGAAAAACCUUGACCCAAGCCGACCUAUUAACGACAACUGUGGCUGGGAACAUAUCAAAACAGACUUGACCACCUUCCACGAUUACAGCGACAGCCCAGAACUAACAACCACAUGCACAACCAUGACCGGAAUCCUAGGACCAAAGGCUGGCCACGACAUGUUCGCACCACCAAUCUACAGUGGCUAUUCUGGUUCCGUCAUUCUAGACGAGGGCGCGAGACAUACGCCUGGCGCACCGGUUAUCUGUUCUGAAUUUGGAGGAGUGAAUAUCACCCCGCCGAAGGAUUCGAAGGAGGCCGGUGAGCGGGAUUGGGGGUAUACUACUGCUAGUGACCCCGAUGAUUUCCUGGUUCGGUUUGAGAAGUUGGUUAUGGGUGUUGUCGAGGGUGGGCAUGUCUGUGGGUUGGUUUGGACGCAGUUAUGUGAUAUCGAGCAGGAGGUCAACGGGUUAUACACCUACGACCGCAAAGAUAAGGUCCCCGCCGAGAAGGUCAAGGCUAUUAUGGAUGCUGCAAAGGAUUAUUAUUAUGGGCAUGUUAGUAGUCACCACUCGAAGGGUUUGAGGAAAUUGUUGGAUCAAUAUAAGCAUGUUGUGCUCCGGAAGUAA